CACGUUUUUAAUUCAACCAAAACACACAUCGGAUAAACGUUUAUAAUUUAAACCUUGCAAUUUUUGAUAUGUUAGAUUUUUUUGUUAGCUUAAGAAAUUGUUAAAAUUGACAUAAUGUUACGGGUUUUAGAUUUUAUCACAGUGUCUUUACUGCUUAUGACUAUCGCAACGGCGGUUAGGUGUCGGAAUACAGAGUAUUUAAAUCCCGAAUGGGUCGAUCCACACGAUUGGACCGUUGAAAAAGAUCCACUCAACAAACUGUGUCCACAAACGCAAACAGGCAAACCAUGCGAAAAUUCAGCUAAAUCGGAAUAUUUACGACUAGUUAAUAGCCUGUUUAAUCCAAGCGAAUUUCGGUUCGAUGAGUCAACAAACUACCUGUAUCGUACCGUUCACAUCCAUAUCACCAAAGAGCAGCUAGAAAAAUUGAAAAAAUCCAAUAAUCCGAUCGAUAUCGAUGGUUUGGUGUCAGAAGUUCUGGCUCAGACCGAAUUUGGCACCGUGCAACUGGUGAAAGAGUACACAGUUGAUGUUGCGUCCACAAUUUGGGAACAUAUGCCAUCACUGCCUUCUCUACAAGAUAUCCCAUCAUUCUCGGAGAUCAAUUUCAAUGCAUUACCGCGAAGUCGACCCAUUCUCAUCAAUUUUGUGGUUAUGAUCUUGAGCUAUAUCUUUUGUCGUCGUUAUGGUAUCAACUAUUUGAUUUUCCUGCUGUUCGUGCUUAUUUAUUGCCUUUAUGAGUAUUUAGACUACGAAUGUCACCGUCGAAUCGAAUUGAACGAAGCAGUCGAUUUUAUUUAUGGCAAAGAGAAAAAUCCAUGCUCAAGCCCCACGAAGAUGAACUGGUACGAUUGGCUUCUAGGAAAAGACAGUCGAUCCGCAUGCCGUGAUUUUCUCGACAAGCAAAGUGCACACAAAACACAAUGCGGUGUCGUUGAUCUAUUCCAUGAAUUUUACACCGGCAUUCUGAUGAAACAACUAAAGAUAUUCUUCAUGACGAUCGCCGAAUUGGUGCAGACAAUCAGCACAACAAACGGCGUACUGAUAACGGCCGUGAUAGUUUACUUUAUGAAAGACCUGUUGGUGACCAUAAUCCAAUCGGUAUUCAAAUAUGUGGUAAACCCGACUGUUUGGUCGCGAGUGGCAGCCGAUAUAAACUCCUCAACUCCCGAGCCAGUUCUGCGUGUUCAGCCCUUUUUAGAAUCAGAUCCACGAGAUGUGAAUGUGAGCAAGGCACUUGAUUUGGCCAAUCAGCAAAUGAAAUACAUUUUAGAGAGCAAUAAAAUGGCACAAAUUCAGCCAUCUGGCGUGGAAGUGCUUUCGAUAAGAGGGGUAUCAGUUGAAAAUAGUACAAGUGACCUCGCUCCGUCAACAAGUUCAGAAGUAUCGGAACCAUCGAAUGGCGCCAAACAAACAAACGGCAACACACCCUCAUCAGAUGGAAGCGGCGAUUCUUACGAAAAAUUUGCCGAGGAUGAAAUUAUAAUUUCACAAAAUAUAAGCGUCGUAUCCGUUGGAAGCACAACUCAGUCCAGCGAAAUAUCGUCCGAAUACAGUGCCACAAUGUCAACCGACGACAUCAAUUCAUCGAAAAUAUGCGAUAAAUCGGGUAGCACAUCAGUGUCCUCCUCCGAUAGCACGAAAUCCGGCGACUCAUUGGAAAUCUUAUCAAUUUCAUCGGAUACAACCCCAUCGUAACUUGCAUUUAAAUUCAAUCGUUACUCGAUCAAUUCAAAAUGAUAUUUUAUUGCAUGAUAAAGCGGUGUUCCUGACUUUUUACCAAAUUCAAAGCAUUUACAAGAAAAACAUCAUUUUCUAUUGAAAAAAAAAACGUUUAUUUUCUAUACUCAACUACGAAUAAUAACAUGUUUAUAAAAAAAAAUUAGCUAUGUAAAAAAGGAGCACAACGAUUUUGUGGCUGCCGUCAUUUUUUUAAAGUCUUAUCAGCUAUAUUUGGUGUAUUUGUCACGAUUCUACAUUUUAACAUUGACACGCACAAUUAAGGCAACUGUUCGAAUGGCGAUAAUUUCCUAAAAAUAAGUUGAGAUGUCAUUGACCUGUGAAUUUCUUUUUGGCUAUUCGUUCAGUAAAACUACUUCUACUUAUUCCGUUAGUUAAUUCUUUUAUUAUAUUUAUGAUUAGUUAUUUAAACAAAACAAAAAUUGUAUAAGAAAGUGUAUCGAAUAAAUUGUGCAAAGCAUUCAAA